UGUCGCUUCUGCUGCGCCGCAUGCUGCACGCUUGGAUGCAUAAUAUCAUUUGAUAUAUCUGCGCACUUUUGAUUGAUGACUUCCUCAUGUUCUCGUUCGGCUCAAGUCAGCCUCACUUGACACAUUUUUGUAAUUUUGGCAAAGAUGGCAGCUCCAUACUUGAGCCGCCUGUCGACUGUCCCUCGAAGCACUUGGAGCCCUGCUCCAAGUCUAUCUGCACUAGCUCUCAGCAAGCCUUUGUCGAUUGACCGAUCUCGUGGUCGAACCAGCUCAUGGCGCGCGGCUGCAUGCGCUGCGAUGCUGGCUUCUGCUCAUGCUUGUUCCCGGGCCACAGCCCAACGUGCAAGCAGAGCUGUGCGCAGUGGAAGCAGUAGUGCAGGUUUGACAACCUGCGCAGCCGGUGAUGUGCCAACGCUUCAUGUCGGACUUGUUGGCUAUGGGCUUGUAGGACAAGAGCUUGUGAAACAGAUGAUCAAAGAAGGACCCAAACUGGAAGAGAAGAUUGGAGUGCGCCUUGAGAUUGCCGCUGUAUCUCGCUCCCAAGUCAUGGCCUUGCUUCCGUCCAACAGUUUCAGCUUUUUGGCUGAUGGAUGGGAUGAGAGCAAGGAGGAGCCAGCUGACUUGGAGAAGUUGGGGCAGCAUGUGGUGAAAGCAGCCUCUUCCAGUGGCGGUCGAGCACUCAUCGUAGACAACACAGCAUCCGAUUCCCCUGUUGAGCUUUAUGAGGCCUGGAUCCUGGCUGGUGCUGACGUGGCCACACCUAACAAGCGGGCUGGCAGUGGGCCAUUUCCUCGUUAUGAGAAGAUCAUGGCCGCCUCCCAGAAAACGGGCGCCCGUUUUCUGUAUGAAGCCACUGUGGGUGCUGGGCUCCCAGUGGUUGGCCCACUUCAAGCCCUGGUGCGAGCUGGAGAUGAGAUCGAGACCGUGGAAGGGAUUUUCAGCGGAACCUUGUCCUUUAUUUUCAACAGCUGGAAGCCCGGUGUGAAGUUCUCCGAGGUGGUGAAAGAAGCCAAAGAGAAGGGCUUCACUGAGCCGGAUCCUCGAGAUGAUUUGGGUGGAACUGAUGUGCAGAGGAAGGUCACGAUCUUGGCACGGGAGUUGGGGCUCCAGAUUGAGCUUGAUGAUGUGCCAGUGAAGUCAUUGGUCCCUGAGAAGCUCCAAGACUGGGAAGCGCCCGGUGGGCAAAAGCUAGCUGACGCCUUCAUUCAAGAGCUUGAAGCCUAUGACGAAGAGAUGGAGAAGCUCCUGGACGAGGCGGAAAAGGCCAACGAAGUGCUCCGCUUCGUCGGCGCGGUGGACGUGAAGUCGAAGUCGGCUUCGGUGAAGCUGGGGCGCUAUCCCAAGGAUCAUCCUUUUGCUUCGACGCAGUUCGCGGACAACAUUUGCGCAGUGUCAUCCAAGUGGUACACACCCAGACCCUUGGUGGUCCAAGGCCCUGGAGCCGGGGCAGCUGUGACGGCUGCGGGCGUCUUCAGCAACAUCAUGGAGGUCAUGAACGGCAUGCGCUGAGAGGGGGCAUGGUUACGGCCGGUCGUGAAAAGAACGACCUGUUAGCCCUGUUAGCAAUAGAGUGAGGAUAAUAGAGGUCAAAGUUUAGAUGAAUUUUGAACAGACUCAGUUGUUGAGUGUGGCAGCAUUGCAGGAAUACCAGUGAAAGGGUUGUACAUUGAGUUUUGACAUGUGCCGCCACCUUCUGCAAUGCUAUACUUUGGAAUCUGGAGCUUUGACAAAGUUGCCGUCAUUUGUGUUGUGAAAGUAGUGACACAGGGAAAAGCACACCGCGGCGACCCUGCGAAUUCAAUAUGCCAAUGAC